UUUCGGUCUGUCGCUUACCAACUCUGAUCAGUAGUGUUGCAUUUUGAGCAGUAGAUUUUUCCACUCGCGGAUUUUAAGGUGCGCAGCAACGUUUUGGCUCCAAGUCCAUGCGUUUGUACGACACAAUGCCUUUGAAUUAGCAUGCUGAAUCGUUCAAAGUUAUUUCUUUUUGUGCAGAAUUCCAAUUGAAGUGACAACAGCAGCCGCAGCCGUCUCAAUUGGAACAAGUGGCAGCCCGAGGCAAAAAGACGGACGAUUGGUUAACGUUUGACGAAGCCCCAGCAUAGACGACAACCGACAGACAAGGCGUGCGCAUACUAACAACAACACCAACAACAGCAGCCGCAAUAACAACAACAAAAGCAGCAACAACAACAAAAGCAGCAACAACAACAGUAACAGCACCAACAACAACACAAUACAAAUACAAACGUAAACGUAAACGUUUUUUGCAUUGCCUUAUUGAGAUUUCAGCACAUUUUUUUUGUGGUUGUUUCUCGAACAGCUGUUACAUUGGAUGAAAAUUAGCGGAGGCGACAGCUGCAAAAUAUAAAAAAAGCGAAUAUCACAAAAAGCAAAAGCAAAUAACAACAACUACAGCGUCUACAAAAUGAAUUCGAAAGCUGACGUCAACCGACGAGUUCUGGCUAUUCAAGCUAAGAAGAAGCGACAUAAGAACAACAAGAAACGCGGCAAGCAAAAUGGAGCCACCGCUCCCGUCCAAGAAAACCAGCAACAACAAGAACAACAACAACAACAGCAACUGUCGCAACAAAAUAGGAGCAGCGACAUUAGCGAGCAACUGCCCGCAUCAACAUCAGCAGCUGCAGCACCAGAAAAUGCUAAAAAUAACCAGAUCAUCGAGGGCGCCAGCCAGUUUCAACUGCAUGUUGAUGGCGCAGUUAAUUCUAAAUCAGCCAUUGCAUCCUUUUCGCAUGCCAAUGUGUCCACGUCCAGCGGUUCGGUGGGUAACACGAAUUCGCAGUCGUUGACCAUGAAAAACAAUAUGAACAAUCAGCAGCCGGUGCGCAGUUCAUCCAACGAAUCGGACGAAUCCGAGAUGAACAGUGAGAAUGAGGAACAGGAACUUCAGGAGGAUUACUGCAAGGGCGGCUAUCAUCCGGUUAACAUUGGCGAUCUGUUUAACGGUCGCUAUCAUGUCAUUCGCAAAGUCGGCUGGGGUCACUUUUCGACUGUUUGGCUGUGCUGGGAUCUGCAGGAGAAGCGCUAUGUGGCCAUUAAAAUAGUGAAAUCGGCUCAACAUUUCGCCGACACAGCCAAGGAUGAAAUCAAGAUACUCAGAGCGGUCCGUGACACGGAUCCUUUGAAUCCAGGUCGAGAGAAAACUGUCCAAAUGUUUGAUGACUUUAAAAUCACUGGCGUGAAUGGCACACACAUCUGUAUGGUCUUUGAGAUGCUCGGCGAUAAUCUAUUGAAGCUCAUACGCAAGUCCAACUAUCGUGGCAUUCCGCUGGAGAACGUCAAGAGCAUUACACGGCAGAUUCUAGAGGGUCUGGAUUAUCUGCACAGCUGCUGUAAGAUCGUUCACACCGAUAUCAAGCCGGAGAAUGUGCUCGUCUGCGUCGAUGAGCCACAUGUCCGUUCGAUGGCUGUCGAGGCUACACAGUUGUAUUGCAUGAACUCCAAGAUGUAUCCAUCGCUGGUCAGUCGUGCACCGAAGGAGUAUCGCGAGCCGCCCAUCAAUGGCAAGAUGAGCAAGAACAAGAAAAAGAAGUUGAAGAAGAAGGCCAAGAAGCGCAUGGAACUGUUCAAGAAGCAACGCGACUAUUUGGAGCAAGCCGGUGGCGGCGAGGAACAAAAGCAGCCACCACAACCGCCGCCGGAACCCGAGAGGCAUGCGCAGAAUGGCGUUGCUGCCAACUCCGAUAUCGAGGUAGAUGUCGACGACGAUUCAAAAGCUGUUCAAGAUCUAAAGGUGCAGUUGCUAAAACUGGAACUGGAUCAGGAUGAUGGCGAUGAGGAGCCAGAGGAGGCUGCUGAGCAGCCUGUGCCUUCCAAGGUGGCUAACGAGACAAGUGCUGCUGGCGAUUCUGCUCAAUCUGCUCCAGUGGAGGGCAAUGAAAAGACCAAAAAGAAGAAGAAAAAGAAGAACAAGAAUAAAUCCAGUCAACAGCAAUCUCAGCCGGCGCAGCAGCAGCAGAAGCUGCUGCUGGAAAACUCAACAAGCAGCGGCGACAAUUCAACCAGCACGCUUAAGGGACAAUCAAAUGGUGCCAUUGGCGGCAAUAAGAAGUCGACGCGGCCAGCAGUCAAGCAGGAGGAUAAUAAGCAGCUGAAUAACAAUUCGAAUUCGAAGCAAAAUUCGAAUAGCAAUUCGAAAAUCUCAAAUAUCUCCAUAGAGCACUCCUCGUCGUGGAGUUGUGGUCCGUAUUCGGAGCCACUACUACCGCCACCACCACCGCCGCCUCCACUCUCCAAGCAUCGAGCCCUCCGGCGAGAUCCUGCACUGGAGGCGUGCAAUGUGCAGGUGAAAAUUGCCGAUCUGGGCAAUGCCUGUUGGGUGGAUCGCCAUUUCACCGAGGACAUACAGACGCGACAAUAUCGCUCGCCGGAGGUCAUCCUGGGUGCUGGCUAUGACACCUCCGCCGACAUCUGGAGUACCGCCUGUAUGGUAUUCGAGUUGGCCACCGGUGAUUAUCUGUUUGAGCCACAUUCGAGUGAUAAUUACAGUCGCGAUGAGGAUCACAUAGCGCACAUAAUCGAGCUGCUCGGUCCGAUACCACGUAAAUUUGUGUUCCGGGGCACGUAUGCCCCGCAGAUGUUCAAUCGGAAUGGCGAGCUGCGCAACAUCACCGGCCUGAAACCGUGGGGCCUCAUGGAUGUGCUGAUGGAGAAGUAUGAGUGGUCCAAGCGUGAUGCGGAAGCGUUUUCGUCGUUUUUGCGACCGAUGCUGGAAUUCAAUCCGGAUGAGCGGGCCACCGCUGCGGAGUGUCUGGAGCAUCCGUGGCUUAGAUAAGAUACGAUGCAGCCUGGUUGUCGGCUGCGAGCCAGCCAGCCAGCACGAGCAGCAGCAGCAGAUGCAGGAGUAGACGCAGGAAGAUUAGCAACACUAGGAAUAUCAGCAUUAGAAGCAAACACAAAAACAGCAGCAGGAGCAGCAUCAUCCGUGUAUGCGGAGUCAACGGCAUCUGUGGCCACAAUGGCCUCCAUUUCAUCCAUUGCAUCCACCUCGGCAUCAGCGAUCGCAACGAUGCGAUCACAAUCCUAUCCAGUAGCUCCAUACGUGAAGACCGCCUCAGCACCGCCCACACCACAUCCGCAUGCUGUUCAUAAUCCCAGUUCGAGUGCGCGCACAGCGCCAGCAACGCCAACGAGGCGACACGACUUCGACAAUUAUCCACAGCAUGUUGAUGUGGAUGGUGAGCAGGAAAUUGGACUUGACAUUGCCAUGGAGGAGCCGCCGUUGCCAAUUCAGACGACAACGCAGCGCGGCAAGCCCAAAUCUCAGCGCUUCUUUUGGCGCAAGGCGCUCCGACGCGUCUUCCAGCGCCGCAAGUGACGUCAGCUGCGGCGUCGACGGCAAGACCUGCCCCGUUGGCGUCCACGUCGCUGCCGACGGCGCACUCUCGCCGAGCGUGUGCGUCGCAUAUGCACCUGCUGUGCCUACGGCCAGGUGCUGCUGAGCGCCGCACGUGUCGCGCUGCUCAGCUGCAUCCGUUGGCGCACUCGUGGCACCAUACGCAACAACAACUUUCACUUUAGCAAUCACUAAAACAGCAACUGCAACAAACGCUCUGCUCUGCACAGGCCCACAAACACACACACACACAUCCACACACACCAAACACAUCCUUCACACACAUCUACAAAUAUUAAGCUAAAAUGUUAAUGCGAAAUCUGAUUUAGUUGUUACAAGCAUAUUGCACUUAAUUUAUUUGCUUGUGUUUUACACCGAUUAGACAAUUUAUUCCCUCUGAUACGAUAUGAAAUUAUAAGCAUUACAGUUUCCUAUAAUUAAUAUUA